AUGUUCGGCUCCUGGCGCAGCGCAGCAGCCAGCAGCUCGAGCGGCGGCGGCGGCAGCGGCAGCGGCUUCGCAGCGGCCGGGCUGGGAGGCAGGAUGAAGGGCUUCCUCCGGCUGGCCCUCGGAUGCUUGGUGGCGGACCUGCUCACGCUGGUGUGCCGGGCGCAGGAGAAAGCCGGGCAGCACCUGGGCAGCAUCGUGGUGCUCUCCGGGGGGAACCACUCCAGCUUUGGGGAGCACGGGGACGCCUCGGAGCCGCCCCCGACCCCGGACUUCUGCCGGGGCUACUUCGACGUGAUGGGCCAGUGGGACCCGCCGUUCAACUGCAGCUCGGGGGAGUUCGUCUUCUGCUGCGGCACUUGUGGCUUCAGGUUCUGCUGCAAGUUCAAGAAGACCCGGCUGGAUCAAAGCACCUGCACGAACUACGAGACGCCGGUGUGGAUGAACACGGGGAAGCCUCCUGCCCGCAUCGACGACCCCCUGCACGACCCCACCAGGGAUAAAACCAACCUCAUUGUCUACAUCAUCUGCGGGGUGGUGGCGGUCAUGGUGCUGGUGGGGAUCUUCACCAAGCUGGGGCUGGAGAAGGCGCACAGACCGCAGCGGGAGCACAUGUCCAGGGCUCUUGCUGAUGUUAUGCGACCUCAGGGUCCUUGCACAACAGAUCACAUGGAAAGAGACCUAAACAUUGUAGUUCAUGUGCAACAUUAUGAAAACAUGGAGGCAAGGCCACCUGCAAAUAAUCUGCAUGGUCCACAGAUGAAUAAUGUGGUACCAACUUCUCCUCUCCUCCCUCAGAUGGCACAUCCACAUUCAUACCCCAGCAUCGGACAGAUCACAAAUCCUUAUGAACAACAGCCCCCGGGCAAGGAGCUUAACAAGUAUGCCUCCCUAAAGGCAGUCGGAGAGUAUGAUGGUGAUUUUCCUGUGAUGACACUUAAGUCAAAAGCUGACAAGGUCAACGACGACUUCUAUUCCAAACGCCGACACCUUGCAGAACUGGCUGCCAAGGGGAGCCUGCCACUGCACCCAGUGCGCAGAGAGGAAGACAGAACGUACACACCUGACAAUGGCACGACCAGACAGAAUGGGCAGAAAUCCAAAGUCUCAAAGAUGCACACACACCCCUUAGCUUACAACUCCAACUUCAAAACCUGGGACCCCAGUGUCCAGUCCCUCCGACGGCAGACAUAUGCAAACAAGGGAAAGCACGGCACAGGAGAACCAGCAGCAAGUGACCCACUGACAACUCGGAGCCAGCACUAUCUACCCCCACAGCCAUAUUUCAUAACUAACAGCAAGACAGAAGUGACUGUUUGA